UGCUGUCAACGCCAUACAAGUUUUAACUUUUGAAGAAAAAAUAUUUUGAAAUCGAUGUCAAGACUCAAAAAUACUGAUGAGAUAAUUUUGUAAAAAUAUGAAAACUUGGUUGUGUAUUAGAUAACAAAAAUGGGUGAAAAAGAAGGUGGAUUAUUUUACAAUUUAGAAAGUCUACUGCAACAGGACUUCCGUGGGGUUAACAUAGCAGUAUAUGCCCUCGCAACUGCAGGCUUAGCUCUAUCCAUUCAUAAGAUCCGUCCGGUAAGCAAGUUUUCGAAGGCUACUAAGGUUCCAGAUCACUUUAUUCAACAACAUGCGCCUCUAAAAGGGGUAUACGUAGGUGUUCAGCACUCUCCAGUACGUCUUCUCAUUAAUCACAAAGCACCUAUUUAUCUUCCAUUCUGGCAUUCUAGUAAACCACCAUUGCCUGUUAAGCUUUGGGGGGUUGACAUAGUGAGUGGCAAUGCUGUCAACUGGUUGGACUGUGUGGCCAAAGGAAAGCAAGUCACAUUGAAACCCAUUGGCAGAGAUAAAGAUGAUCUGGUCUCUACUGUACUUUUGCAUUUACCACAAACUAAGACCAAAACAGUGGAGACUUUAGAUCUUGGACAGAAACUAGUUGAGCUUGGGUUUGCUAAAGCCUCAGUGCCCCAAGGCAUUAAGAAGAAAUCAAUAGAGUCACAACUUGCACCAAAGAUUCUUUCAGCAGAAAACCGUGCACGCUCAUACAGAAAUGGAAUCUGGUCAGACAACCUACCCCCUAUUCCUAUGUAUGUUACUUAUUGGCGGAAAGGAAGCCAACUAGCAACAGAGUUGAUAAUUUUAUCUUCAAAAAAAUUGUUACAACUAUUAGCUUUUCUAUCUAAAAGUGCCUUAGUUGGAGGGAAAAAACUACUUCUUCUACCUUUCAAUAAAUCUCCAAAACGAAUACAAGCAACUUGAUUUAACAAUAAAAAAGGAAAAACAUUUAUUACAUAUUACACUUAUAGUUUGAGAUAGCACCAAAUGUAAUGAAAUGUAAAAUUUUUUGGUCAUUCUCUAGAUAUUAUAUCUUGUUGUCAAAAAUUUCCUUUUUUAUAAAGUUCAUUUGAAAAUAAAUUAUCUUAACUGUU